AUGGCUGGCGCUACAGCUCGACGAAAAGUCGCUCUACGCAGCUCGACGAAGCGUAAAGCACCAUAUUCAGGAUUUUCUAGCGAGUCUCAACUGGAAAUAUCUGCGAGUAGUGCCAGGGACAAUGUCUACACCGCAAACGCAGACAAGGAUGACGAUUCUGAUAGAGUAGCUCCUCGCAAACGCACAAAAGUAGGAAAAGACUCAACUUCCUCAGGAUCAAAAGCCAGCCAAAGACUGAAGAGUGUCGAAGAAGAGAUUCCUGAAAGUCAAUAUACUGAGAUCGAAUAUGUCAAUCAAUUACGAAAAAACUUCACACACAAAAAUGGGCUAGCGGGUGACUUGCCGCCGCUUCAUGAUCUGGAUGAGAUAUUCAAACACAUAACCAUGAAGGCUGUUGACAAUAAAAUUCAGUAUUUCAUCGACUGUCUUCGUGGGCGCAAGCUGCGUGUGGCAACCAUGUGUUCAGGAACUGAGAGCCCGAUAUUAGCUCUCGAAAUGGUCAUCUCGCAAUUGAAGAAAAUGGGGGCCAGAAGCUUUGAAUUUAAACAUCUGUUCAGCGCUGAGAUAGUUGAGUUCAAGCAGGCUUACAUCGAGAGAAACUUCCACCCUCCGAUACUGUUCAAAGACGUAAAGGAACUGCAUCAAAAAGAAGCACACACAGCGUACGGUGCAAAAUGUGAGGUACCCUCAAAACCAGAUCUUCUCGUUGCCGGAUUUUCUUGUGUCGACUACUCCAACCUAAAUAACUGGCGCAAGACAUUUGGCCAACGAGGUGAAUCUGACGAUACACUCCGGGCAAUUCUAGCAUACUGUGAAGUCCAUCGGCCUAGAAUAGCCGUGCUUGAAAAUUUAGGCAGCGCACCGUGGCCUCAGAUUGGGCAGGCAUUUAACAGGAUUGGCUACCUUUUUCGCAGUAUGAAGGUUGAUACCAAGGACUUUUAUCUUCCACAGACACGUGAAAGAGGGUAUGCACUCUGCAUUCAGAUGUCUCUGGUCGGGAAUGAGAAACAGUUACUCGAUGAAUGGGCUUCCAUGUUUAUGAGCUUCAAGCGUCGAGCCAGUUCACCAUUCACCGAUUUUAUUGAGCCCGACGACGACGUCAUAGAAAAGCGAAAGCUCGAACGUAUUCGCCGCCCUGAGCCUAAAACUAGCGCAAACUGGUCUUUAUACAAGAUCAGACACGCAGAUGUGCGGAGAGAUACAACUUUUGGCAACGGGAAGCCCAUCACACACUGGCAAGACGGCGGCAAAUGUCAACCUGCCACUUGGAUGGAUAGGCCCUGGUUCUUUUCUCAGGUUGAACGAGUAUGGGAUACAAUUGAUGUGAAUCACUUACGCACCUUGGUAAAUGAGGGUUAUGAUAAUAGUUGCAAAGUCCGCUGCAUUGACAUAUCUCAAGGCAUCGAUCGCGACACCGACAACAGGCCUAUGGGUAUCAUAGGGUGCAUAACGCCUUGCGGAAUGCUCUACAAUACAGCUCGAGGAGGCCUAAUACAGGGCCGUGAACUCUUAGCUUUGCAAGGCAUGCCACUUAGCCGAUUGUCAUUGACUCGAGAGACGCAAGCCCAAAUACAAGACCUGGCGGGUAAUGCAAUGAGUACCACUGUUGUUGCUUCCGCCAUGCUGUCAGCCCUUAUCGUUUUACGUUCGGUUUUUAUGAUACUUCAGCCCGACGAAUCUAGUCUCGCUAUUGAACAGCAAAGAAACGAGAACCUACAAAUACCCUCCCUGACGAACUCCUAUCUAUUGACCUCAAGAACUUUUGAAGCCCAAGAAAAUUUCUCAAAUAAGUUUCUUCGCCUUGCUGGGUUAACGGCAAGCCUUUGCAGUUGUGAGGGACCGGAUGGGGUAGGAAACUAUGGCUUUUAUCAAUGUUUGGAUUGCAAAGAAACUGCGUGUUCGGCCUGCGUGGUUAACCCAGUUCACAACUACAAGCCGAUACCUAUUUCUCAACUAAAGCUCCGCAUAAAGCCUAUCCAGUUCCGAGAUAUGCUUUCAUGGACACUGCCAGCCAUAUUUAUCCUUCCAGAAUUGCUGAGAAAUGAUUACAGGAGGAUGUUAGUCAGUUGCGCGUCCAACCAAGAUUGCAAUAUUCGGAAAGUUGGGCGGCAGCUUCUCGAUGCAGCCUAUUUCGCCCUCCAGGAUAAAUGCAAGUUCAAGUGUAUCAAGAGGUCAUGCACAUGGAAAGUGAUCUAUGACGGAUGUCGUACUCUUGUACAUCUGAUGAUCGACCAUCGUGGUUUUCAUGGCGUUAUAUGGGCCAAACCAUCGCCUGAAGAGCCUUGUCGAAGUUAUAUUCGAGAGGUUUUGCGUCAUCCAAUAGCAAAAUUCAACCAAAACGACGACUGGAAGAUCUCAGUGCCUCUGUCAGUAAAGGAGAAGAUCAUCAGGAUUCGAGGUAGCGGAAAGCUUAUACCAUCAUACAACACAGUAUGUGGCCUCUCUGGACAAGAACUAGAUCAGAAGGUUUGGAGUCACAUCAUAGUUGAAGCAGGUGAUGAGGCAAUGGAAGACCUCCAAAUGGAUAUUCGAGGCCGGUAUGAACGAAUUCCUAACUGUGGCGGGGCGUUACAGUCACUCCACCGGCGCGUUGAUAGCCCUAAUGAGAGAACCUUAUUCUUCUUCCUAGAUCAACGAAGGUUAGGACCGUCUCAACUUGACUCGUGGGUAUUUUCCACGGAUAUUAGAAGGAAGACAGAUGAUUUGCAGCGAGAUGUCAUUUUUCAGUUGGACAAUAAGUGGACAUACCAAGAAUUACUAUCAUCGCCCUUGUGUUUGGUACUUGGUUCUCACCGGCCUUGGGUCAGCGCCGGAAAACAUUCGAUACAAGGUUGUGAUUCUCAAGUUGGAAUUAAGAGUCGCCUGCUUCAUUCUGACAUUGAAAUGGACUUAAAAUCAUCCAGCUGUUAUGACUGCUAUGUUCCCCUGAUGGCCGUUGGGGCAAACAUUUUUCCCGGGGCCAGUGCGCCGUGGAAGCAGAGCCUGGAUUGGAGUGUUGUUGAAAUGAGCAACUACGAAGAAAUGUCAAAUUUUGCUUGGCUAUGGGCUCGAUUUAUGAAUUGGUCACCGCGUACGAACUGGGGAGUUGUCAAGAACGCCAGGUUUGAAAUAUGCCAGCGAUGUUCACCUCAGAAGCCCAAAAUGGCUUGGACCGUUAUCCGUGGCAAAGAGCGCCCUAUCGAGGACCCUGUAGACUGUGCCAGAUGCGAGCGUGACUACAAACUAAGACCGCAGCCAUUUCGUCUCUUUUCAAAAAUGGAGCCGCCAAAGGAGCCCCACGGGAAUACGAAUGGCCACAUCUGUAUUGGAUUGAACGUCAAGACUUUGUUGCAGAGGGCAUGUAAGGCGAUUGCGCACCGUCGUGAAGUGAAUACGCCGACUGAGUUUUACUGGAGACUGACACAUAAUGAUGCGUCGGAUAUUAUCCGGCCCGUAAGCUUUCGUGUUCUGAAUAACAACGGCGACCCUGAAGCAAGGCAGCCUCCAAAUUUCAAAAUUCAGUUGAGGCAAGAUCAGCUGCGAUCUCUCCAGUGGGUACUAAGACGGGAAUCGGAUGAUAUGGAAGCCUUCCCUGAAGAGGAGGUUGAGGAAGCCAUACUGAAGCCUCUGAACUGGAGAGCAGAAGCAAAGGUUGUUGUCUACCGUAAGACAAGAGGCGGGAUUCUUGCAGAUCAGGUCGGGUUUGGUAAAACAGCCGUAAUCCUCGGGUUGAAAGAUUUUCAGCACGAAAAGGACGUUGUCGAAGGACGGGAGCCCUGCGAGAAUGCUAUUCCACUUCACGCUACUUGCAUUGUGGUUCCUGAGAUUCUUUUUGAACAGUGGCGGGAUGAGAUUGGCCGGUUUCUUGGAUGGCGAUACAAUGUUCUAGGAAUUUCGAAUACGAAGACGAUGUCAUCGCUUAAAACCAGGGACUUUGAAAAGGCUGAUAUUGUUCUUGUAUCGUGGACAGUUUUCACAAGUGCUCCUUACUUCAAAAGGCUGGAGGAGAUAGCUGGCGGCCCGUCUCCGCCGAAGGCUAAGAAUGUGCGCAUAUUUGAGGCUUGGUUUGAUGACGUCCUUAGUUCAAUCGAAGCACAGGUGCAGACUCUACAGACCGAUGGCUCAGAGGCAUAUUUAGAAGCAAUUCGGCAAAAGCGAGACUCGAUCUGGGGUACUGACGCCUAUAAUCGUUAUUUACCAUCGAGGCGAUUGAGAGGGAGGGCCAUCAUAAGGGCUGUAACUGAUGAGCCUCUGGCAAGUCCUUCCAUCGAGGGGGCUCAUUCAUCAAAUGUUCCGAUAACCGAAAAGGACUCCAACGAUAAAAGCUCUUCAGCGGACCCAAUGCGCGAAUACCGUAAGAAUUUCGGUGUAGCCGAUGAUGGCAGGACACCAUUAUCUGAUAUCAAAGGAACUGUAUUGCACAUGUACCGCUUCCAAAGACUAAUAGUUGACGAGUUUACGUACCUCAACCCAGAUCUUCAUGCUUUGCUUGCUACUCUAAAGGCACGUUCGCGCUGGAUUUUAUCUGGAACACCUCCCAUCAGAGGAUUCGCCGCUGCGGAGGGAAUGUCUGGAUUGAUAAAUGUAUUUCUGGGAAGAGUCGGUGAUGAGGAUUAUGAAAAGAGCAAGUAUAAACGUUCAGAAUCCGAAAACUUCCAUUUCUUCAAAGACGUUACUAGCGAAGGAUGGCACAUUCGCCGUAGUAGUCUUGGACAGAAGUUUAUUGACUUCUUUAUGCGUCAGAAUUAUCCCAACAUACCGCUGAUCAAAUGGGAAGCACAUUACGAAGCGGUUACUCUAUCGGCCGUUGAGAGGAUUCUCUAUCUUGAGCUGAAACUGUACUUUGAAUCGUACAAUCCACAAGCAAGAAUGGAGAAGAAAGAGAAAUACAGUCAUGACCAGCGUGGAAGAAUUACUGAGAUCGUGAAAACGUGUAAGACACCUGAGGAAUGCUUGGUAAAGCGUUGUUCAGGCUAUGAUGAUUUUCCUGAGUGGAGCUCUGCAUCUGAGGCCAUAACCACUGUUCAAAAACUUAUAAAACACAGGCAAAAUGAAGUCAACCAAGUGGUUGCUGAUAUUUCAACGCUGCUGAAUGCUUUGUCAUGGUUAUAUCACCAGCUCGAACAGGAUGAUUCUCGAUUUGAUGCCCUCACAGCAAGUGUCGCCUCAAAUGACUAUGGUGACAAGGAUAUUUCAACCCAGGCUCACUGGAUGAUAGUCGAAGCCAUGACAUCCUAUAACAAAGAUGGCUGGAGAGACUUCUGGCUUGCCCCCGGUCCACUGCCGACAAUCGAAGCUGGGUCGAUGAGCGAUUCCGAGCCAAACACGGAAAAGGAGGACCAUGAAAACGAUGACGAAGGCUACCAUGAAUAUCGAUCUGGCAAACAGAAGUUGAAGAAAAAGAAAAAGAUCCUUGACAAGAAAGAGAGGCUAGCACCGCUACCAGAAGGUAAAGCAGACCUGGAAAAAGGACUUCGUGAAUGGACGAACAAGGUCCGAGUAAAUAUACUUGCUUGGGUUGAGCGCUCUCGAUCUUUGAGAUUUUCACAGUCUGCCUAUGCAUUUCAGAAUGGGAAUGGAGUAGUCCAAUGUGAUGGAUGUGGUGUAAUAUAUCAAAAGACCUCAUCCAAUGAGCACAACGUUCUGGGUAAAUGUGGACAUGUCGUUUGCACAGAGUGUCUUCAGAAAACCCAGAAAGAUAUGAAAUGUUCUAUCAAGGGCUGCCGUGCCGCAGCUGACAAGAAAUAUGCAAUUCCAGGUAGUUAUUUCUGCAUGUCCCAACUUGUUCAUCGGCCUGUACCACCCGGGGGAAGCAAGAUCCGGGCUUUGUUAGGACUGCUGAAAAACAACGACAACAUUCCCGAAGGGGACCAAGUGAUCCUUUUCAUACAGUUCAAAGAAGAUGAGACACUGAUCAAGGACGCAUUUGACGCUCAAAAAAUAUCAUAUGUGCACGUAGGCACACAGAGAGCCCGCAACAAGAUCCAACAAUUUUCUGCACUGAACAAGAGAGUGGCCAUUUUGCAGCUCGGGACAGAGAAUGCAGCUGGAUUGAAUCUUCAGAGUGCAAACCAUGUGAUAUUUUUUGGUACAUUCGCUGCCACUAACCUGUACGAAUACCAGAGCGCAAUGACACAAGCCAGCGGUCGCGUAAUUCGUUUCGGACAGCAGAAAGAAGUUCACAUAUGGCACCUCUUUACUCUGAACACUAUCGAAGUCGGAAUCCUUCAGAUGCAGGACGGACGGACUCUCGUCAGACGAUCUAACGGUGGAUACGAGCUUGUCCCUGACGGAGAAGUUCGAUCAGACGACAGAAAGGGCUUCGAAGUUCCAGCAUUUGAGUGGAAGUAA